AAGCCUUCGGAGGCGCCGCGAUUACAUCACAGCCUCAUUUGUUUAAAGCAUAAAUUGGGUUUAGCAACAAUGCGACCGAGUGUCGGAGGUGCCACACAUGAAUAGGCUACAUCUGUCGGUACAAAAUAUCUCUGGGAAGAUUAGAAACAGAUUUAAUAAACUUUUCUAAGUUCAAGGCAUGACUGAAUAGCCUACAGAAGGCGAUAUUUCCGAGUGACGUUCAUGUUUGAUUCUGAGAAGAUGGCAAGCAGCUCCGAAUUUAAGUGUGUUGAGUUUGCGGUAGUAGACAAGGAGGACAUCUUUUUUCAAGUCGAACAUGGAGAUUUAGAGUCGGAUGAUUUUAAAAAGGAGAAUAAUAAAUGCUUCCAAAAAAUGAUCCAAAUCAAGAACAACCGAUUCCUGGUUGUAGAUGAAGACGUUCUCACGUUUAAAGAGCGGAAUAAGGAGCAAUGCAAAGCAGAUGAUUGCCGGUUCAAUAUCCAAGUAUAUAGAAACAAUGACAUUGACAAGCCCAGAGGAAGUGCUGUUAUUCUCUCUGUGACAUCACCUUGUAAGCAAACGUAUAUGGUGUGCUGCAAGAAUGGGGACCAAGGAGUUUCUGCUAAACCACUGGAGCAACCUUUGCCUGACCAAAUUGGCAGCUCACAACAUGAGGCUGUGUUCUUCAUGGAACUAAUUCCUGGUACAUCUCAGUACAGAUUUGAGUCAUCACUGUUGUCUAGGUCAUAUUUGAGCUUUGAGGCUGGACCAGAUGCAGAGCUCAUGAAGUUAGUUCUCAGGGAGGUGCCUGAGGAUUGUGUGGAUGAGAACUGUAGUAUGCGCUUACUGGCAUGUUGAGUUUAUGGUACUUUUGUUAAGCCACUGUAAAUACUCAGUGUUUAUUGAAUAGAAAGUUAUUUUUCAGUGGGAUGGUUUAUAAAAUGUUUUUUUUUUAAUGCUUAAAUACCCAUUAUAGAGUAGUAGUAUAAACUUAAGUUUGAUUGCUUAGUCAUUCUGACCAGUUAUCAGACACGGUUUCUACCUGUGUGUAGUCUACCGUCCUCUGUAUAUGCUCUGUAUUAAACUGAUUUAAUACAUAAUCAAA